AUGGCGACCCUCUCGCAUGAUUUGACCAUUGAAAUACUACGUGGUUUAAGUGUAAAAGACCUUCUACGCUUCAAGUGUGUUUCAAAGCUCUGGUGCUUUUCGAUUGAUGAUCCAUAUUUCAUCAAACUCCACCUCUCCCAUUCCGUCAAAACCAAUACCAAUUACUCCCUUAUUCUCCGUCGCUGGGGGUACGAUUUCCUCUCCGUCAACUACGACUCACUCAAAACAACUCAAAUAAUCACCCCCCCACUCACCGAUAGUCCCAUUAAAAUAUCGGGUUCUUGCAAUGGUUUACUGGCUCUAAUAGACGACAAGGAUAGAAUAUUUCUAUGGAACCCUUCAACGAGAAAAUCCCAGGUAUUACCUUCCACUGAAAUAGACUUUUCAUCUACAUCGAUUAGCUCUACCCCUUCAACUUAUUAUGGAUUUGGGUACGAGCCCAUUUCUGAUGACUACAAAUUGGUUCGAAUGGUCCAGUCACAUGGAAACAAUAAUGAAUAUUUUCAUUCUGAAGCAAAGGUUUACAGCUUGAGGAGCAAUUGUUGGAGAAGGAUUAAGGAUGUCUGCUUUUAUCUUAAAUUCAAUCGAGAAUUUGGGUUUUUGGCUAACAACGCUUUACAUUGGAUGGUAUUUAAAACUCCCCAAUCGGAUAAUUGA